CAGGCCCCGCCGCGCACCCGUGGGAGCGGCUGGCCGCGCGCCGCGGCGCUCCUGAGCACCCUGGCCUGGGGGCUGGUGCCGAGGACCAGGAGGCCGCCGGGGUGCCACCUGUGGUCUACGGUCGACCUUCGCAGCAUCGGCGUCGUCCGCACGCCCUACCGGCAGAGGGCCGACUGCCCCCGCCAGGGCGCUCUGCGGCCAGACGUGCGCGCGCGCGCUGACCGGGCCGCCGUUCUCUCCGGCCGCCGGGCCGCGUAACCCCGACGUGGUGGACGGCCUGGAGGGCUUCAGCCACCUGUGGUGCCUGUUCUACAUGCACAGGAACCACCGCAACAUCCAGGGCGAGGAGCUGCCCGCCAGGAUCCGCCCCCCGAGCGGGGGCCAGAAGCAGGGGCUGCUGGCCACGCGGGCGCCGCACCGGCCCUGCGGCCCCCUCGGCCUGAGCUGCCUCAGGAUAGAGGACAUCCGCGUGGCCGCGCCCAACACCACUGGCAGCCGCAGGAACAAGUGUGUGCUGGCAGCCGGCGGCCCUGGCGGCCUCGACGCUGCGGCGGCCGCCGCCGCCGCCGAGCGCCGCGCCGGUGGGGACCCCGACGGCGACCCGUCCGCCGUCGCCGGGAUCGAGGAGAACUACUCCGUGAGGAUAGAGGUCUCCAACCUGGACAUCCUUGACAAUGCUGGGAGGCCGGGGCGACGCACGGGGGCAUGAGAGUCCUCCGUGCGCCCGCGAGGGCACCGCGGGCCUCCGCCGAGACGCCAGGCCACCCCGCUCUCGUCGCACUCCUG